CGCAAACCUGGAGGUGCGAAGUGGCUCGCGAUGUGUUAGCCUAGACUAUUAUGUGUUUACUGCAGGAAGUGUCGAAACGUCAGCGUGUUGUUGAACUCAGAACUGAAACAUUUUAACGAAACAGUAUCAUAAUCUGUCCCACGGUCGGAAUGGACAUCACGAGGGGGAGCCUGGACGACAUCUCGCGCCCGGCGUCCUCCGAGCGCUCUCGUGCCGGUAGCCGUGUCUCGAGCUUGUCGGCGCAGGAGCGCGUGAGGUGCGGACAGGACAGUCUGGGGUUACUGAUCGUACUGAGUCCGGAAACGGAGCCUCGUGAGCAGAGGGGGACCCUGGAAGAGGAGCUGUGCUCAGCUAUGGAUGGCAGCGCUGGUGAGCUGAUGAGCAGAGGCUCAGUAGAGGAUGGAGGACAUGUCUCGCAUUCAGAUGGGACCAUAGGUGGGAUGACAGUGCAGGUUGAGCCUGUUUCAUUUACACGGAAAGUGCCAUUGAGUGAGAGAGACUGCGGAGAUGUUACUGUUCCAAAGAAAUCAGGGAGUCCUGCUGAUUCGGAGGACCUUUUGGAAGGCAGCGACAUGGGAAAUUCAGGUGUCUCUCAAGCUGAUGGAUCAGAUGAGGAGAGUGAAGAUUCAGAACUCCAGAAAGCCAUUAAGAAGAUGAGGGAGCUGGAUGAAAUCUUAGCGCUGAAAAUCUCCAAGGAAAAAGAACUGAAGAAGAAAGGAAAGAAGCUCCACCAGAAACUGCUGGAAGAGCUACAGGAGCUGAAGACAAAACAGGCAGCAGCACGUGCCGACGAGACUGAAAAUACAAGACUGUUUUUGGCACUGGAAUCUGCCAGCUCGCAUCGACCCAGUGAGGAUGAGGCUUUCGCUCCUGUCUUUGGAACUCAAGUUCCAGACAUUCAGUUUGACAGAGAGGUAAAACACUGGGAUGAAGGUGAGAAAAGCCAGAGAAAUUCGACAGAUUCUAACAGACUCAUCCAAGACGAGACGACAGUGGGUCCAUCCAAUGGCCGACAUGGACUGGACCGGAGCAAGAGAAAACAAGACUUUGUGAGGAAGAACAUAGAUUUGGCACGGGAGGCAGGGAGCCAGGUGCUCAUGACAGAAGGGGAAAAGCUCCGGUUGGCGGAACUCCUGCAGGAUCUGGACGACAACGACGAUUCAGACCCAACAGGCGAUGAGGAAGAGUCUUUGGUGUUGGCCGUGCACAGGUGUGCAGGGGGCGGCUACACCCCUGAGCCGGCAGAACUCACGCGGCUUCGUCACAUUGACUCCAGACUCCAGCUCCUCCUUCCUGUGGAGAGCUUCCUGUCUGUGCGCAGCUCCAACCUUAACCACACCUUGGUCCAGGGCCCGGAGGCUGGACAGAGCAGUGGAAGGACAUGGCUGCCAGGAGAGAAGGUCCUCCAGGACACAUGGGAGAUGCGGGGGCAGCAAGCUCGUCUGCGGGAGAUCGAGGACCAGCUGGAGCGCAUGGGUCGGGACCAGAACCUGGACUGCGCGGCCGGAAGGUGCACACUGUCAGGGGAACAGCUGAGGGCGUUGCUUGAGGACUGCAUGGUGGCCCUGAGUGACCGCUCUGGCCAUUGGGAUGUCGAAGGAGUCAUGUUCUCUCAGGAUGGCCCUGAUGACCCUGGCAGCCCUGAUCUCCUCCCAGGAGGAACGCUACAGCUCUCUGCCACUUUGCUCUCUGAACUGAUGGGGGAUGCCAUACAAGGAGGUGGCGCUUCCUGAGAAUGACCACUGGAAGCUCCGGGUGACCCUCGGCUCGUUGACAGUGCAGCUUUCAAGAUCAAAAUAUCUGUCAGUGAAAACUUUCAUUUUUUAAGCUGGUUUUUGUCUCCAAAGUGACUUAUAAUGUUCCAGAUGAAUACUGUGCUACUUAAAAUUAUCUAUCCAUGUGCUUAGCUGGCUCAUUUUUUCUGGGGUGCCACAGCAGCAGCAGGGAUUUAAACCAAGGACCGUCUGGUUGCAAGACUAUGGCUCUAAGCACUAUGCUAUAUGCUGUGCCCGCCGCCACUUUUAUACCUUUCAUAGCAGUGGUUUGAUUCACUGAAGACACAUUUAAACUGAUCUUAUUAUCAUAUGUAACUUCUAACUGAUCCCAGGCCAGAUUUCUGCUGAAGUACCAUUAGCUGCUUUUUCCAUGUUUAAUUUCAAAUAUUUUAUUAACAGCGACCUUCCUGCAAAUGUGAUAGAAUAGCAUUUGUUCUCAAUAAAAUCUCUUUUCUUUCUCCA